GGUCUCCAGGGGAAUGUGCGCAGCCCACUUCAGCGGCGUGUUAUGCUUCUAAAGUUCAAGCUCUCCCUUGACUCUCAGUCGUUGCCCUGCCAUUGGCCGUUCUGAGCUCUCGCCGGCAGUUAGAGUUCAAAAUUGCAUCACAUAUGGACUCCGACAUCGCAACCAACAAAGUGCCUAGCAAUGUGAACGGUAGGACGGCACGGCAGUCUGGCUUCCACUUUAGCUCCGGCAAAGAUAUACCUACUGCGUCGAAUAUAAUGUACAUCAGCUAAGAACAUGGAGAACAGAGCAGCACGACGCCCACACUCCAGCUGCUCGGCAUAUCAGCUAGUGAGAAGCGGCAUGCGAGCUCACGGACAUUGGUAUUCUGUAACGACAGAUCCUUGGGGCGCACGAAGAACAAAACUAGGGUCGCGUGCGAAGAAUGUCGGAAACGCAGGCAAAAGUGCUGUAGUGGCAAUCCGUGUCGGUUAUGCAUCGAACAGCAGACAGAUUGCAAGUACCGAGACGUUCCACUACAACCGAGAGACGAUAAGAUAGAGAAAGUGCUCAAACAAGCGGAGACUUAUUGCAAGAUCUUGGCAUAGCUGAAAAGCGAGAUUGAUGUUAUGAAUAACACGCUUCGUACUAUCGAGGCUAGACUCAGCUAUGCACAGUCUGUUAGAUCCGACGUUUGUAAUAGUAAGAAUGUAUCUCAGCACCAGCGCGGGCUGGAGCAGUCGCAGAACUCUUCCGAGUCCUAGCGACGAGUGAAUGCAGACCACGGCCCCUCUAGCCUGCUGUUUCAUUCGGAGUGGGAUCCCAGCGAGUGGCUCGCGUAUGUGGAUCAUUGGUUAAGUAGAACAGAAAUGCAAUCAUGUUCGCAUUGCAUGAUAGAGCAAAGUGCCAGACAUUGGUUUCCUGACAGUCGUGCCAUCGGAAAAGCAGGAG